AUGAGCUGGACAGUGACUUCGCAGCCGCAGACGAUGAUCAUGUCCUCCUCCGUCUCCUCUGGGGCUGCUGAAUGGACAUCUGGCAUCUGUGACUGCUGCGAGGACUGUAAACAGUGCUGCUUCGCCUGCUGGUGCUGCCCCUGCUUCGCCUGUAAAACCACCCAGGACUUCGGUCAGUGUCUCUGUCUCCCCGUGCUGGACGUGUUCGGCUGCAUCCACCCCAUCACCAUGUCUGUGAGGGUGUCCAUGCGCCACCGCUACGGCAUCCAAGGAAGUCUGUGCAACGACUGCCUGUGCUCCACCUGCUGCGUGCCCUGCGUCUGGUGUCAGAUGGCCACAGAGAUGAAGAAGAGGCAGAUCCCCACAGUCCUGGGUGACAUCAUCAGCAGGUGA